AUGUUCACCACCGGAGGGAAUCCACUAAGUAAAUCACAGUCUUGUCACUCAGCGAGCGUCCAGCCCCGGCCAGGCGCGGUCAAGCGGGCACCGCGCACCCUAGCGCGGCCAACCAAGAGGAUGGAGAAAAACAUCGAAAGCCGCGCGCAGACGCCUGGGAUGUAUUCAGGGGACUGGGAGCACCUACACCUUGACGUUAACCCGAGCGUCUCCCGCGAGCAGGGGUCUGGCUCCUGCGCUUCCUUCCUUCCUUGUGAUUUUCUGCUCCCCUUUUCCGACGCCCACAAGUAUGAAUUUAUAGUCGGGAAGAGGCGGGAGCCGCGGCUCACAGGCCUGGCCGGGCAGGGGCCCCCCGCCGCCUGCCCCGGUCCCCGCCCCCGCCGCGGCCGGGCCGCCGCGAGACACCCGGAGCCCCCUCCCCGGCCCCCGCGCGGGCCCGGGCCUCCCCGCAGGGGGAGCGCGGCCCGGAGACACCGCCCGCCGCCCGGAGAAGGAGGCCGGCCGCGCCGUGGCGGGAGGGGCGCCUGGGGCUACGCGCGGGGCCUUCCGGGCCCGCCGGGCCGCCCCACCCGGGCCGCGGGGCUCACCUGGGCGCCGUGGGCCGCGGAGGGCUCUGGGCCCAGCGACCGGUGGGUUCCGCCGCCUCGGGCACUUAGGCCGCGCGGCCUCGUCCCUUCGCCCAGAGCCAGACGCGGCCUCCGCGGAAGCGAGAGCUCGCUCGGCAGGCGCGAGUCCCGAGCGCGCCGACUCUCUGUCGCGCUUCAGGUCCCCGGGGGUGCCCCGCGCUGGCCGCCGCCCGCUUCGCCGCGCGGCGACCCAACCCCCGCCCGCUGUCCCCGCGGCCGGCUUUGCGCUUUCACCCCCUCCCGAGACUCCGGGGAAGCUGCCAUGUAUAUAGACACUCAGGCAGCCUGUGGAGAGGCCCACUUGACAAGGAAUGAACUGAGGCCAGUUGACAGCCACAUGGGACUCCAGUUUUACCCAAGCAGCUGUGCUUCCACCUUGUAAUCCAUGUGACUCAAGGACCACCCACCCCACUGCUAAUUCCAAUUAUGUCCCAGUUCCACCAUGUAUUGACAAGAAAACUCCCCCACCCAAUGUGGAGGAGGAACUGAAGAUGGAAGCUUGACAUCUACUCAAGAAUGAGGAAGAAGGUGGUCUUCUCCUCCUUCCCACUGUUCCUUUGAUUAUAAAACUGUAGCCCACUAAGUUUUCAGAGUGGCACUCCAUUGCCCACACACUUGUAAGCCUCACAAGCAUCCUAUUCUAAUA